UCUAAACUUUACUGGUCCUUCUCGGCCGUCAAUCGUAAUUGGCUCAAUCAAUCCUCUGUGAAUUUACCCUAAUAUUGGUAUUAGUUUCCUCAUUGAAUUUCGGCAAUGAGUUGUAUGAGAGCUCCUGGUGUUUAAUUUAGCAAAGAAGGGAAGAUUUUGCAUCCAUAGUACUACAUCUUUACAUGCGCAUUUGAUGGGAUCUAUUUACUGAUUUCAUUCUUCUGGGCGGGACGUAGUGAUUGAAUUAUACCGGAAGCUGGUGGUUCAAGGGCUGACUGCUGAGGCCAUGUCGUUCAUGAAAGGAGAUUUGCUGACGAAAACAAGAAAGCUAGUCAAAGGCUUAGCCAAAGUUGAACCCCUCUGGCUUAAAGCUAUGGAGCAGGCACCUCCGGUGACGUUUCCUCGCGCUGAGGGCACGAUUAAGCCCAUGAGUCUGCCUGAGGAUGUUUACAUCAAGAAGUUUUAUAAGAAGUAUCCUGAUUCCAAAUAUCAGGAUCCCAUCAAAAUUUCUGGUUUCAAUCCACCUCCAGCCCGACUAUUUGGCUGGCGAGUACUAGAGUUGACGGAACAGGGAGUUAGUGAAGAAGAAGCAAUGGCUCUGGCUGAUAUGGAAUAUCGGUCCGAGAAAAAGGCCAGAAAGGAGGCUUACUCUCGGUUGAAGCAAAUUGCAAAGCUUCAAGGAAAGAAGCCACCGCCUAAUCCAUAUCCAAGUGCUAUCAAGGAAAUACAGGCUAAAGAAAAGAAGUUUGUAGAUGACCGUUUCCAUAAUCCUGAGACAGUUAAACUUGCGGAGAAAAUGAGGGAGGAGAGGGCUGCAGAUUGGCAGAACAGAAGAGGUGCCGGUGACUGGUGAAAAGCUGGAUUCAACUUUCAUUCUGCGACGUUAGUUCUCAUGCUUUAAAAGAAUUGACUGACCUUGGGAUUACACGGCUCAGCUAGACGAGGAUAUUUUCUCCAUUGCAUUAGAUCGAAGGUUGUGUUUCAAAUUGGAUCGGUUAUAUACAUGACUGUAUUGAUAAAAGUCUCGGGAAUUUCUUGUUAAUCCUCCUCGCCUUUUUUGCUUUAUGAAGCGAGAACGGCUUAGUAUUACAUUAUUGUUGUCAUGCUUUGGGAGUAAUAAGCCAAAGUAGUUUGGAGCAUGAAUAUAGGCUUCAUGAGUUGUGAAUGACCUUACGACUGACAAUUCGCUUUCCUGAUUUUGGAUUUCUGCUCCGGCUGGAUGAUCCUUUAAAUUAUCCCGUUCAAUUA